GAGAGAGAAAGUAGAGAGAGAGAGAAGCGAUAAAGAUGGUGGUGGGUAGUGGGUGUUUUUAUUGGGGAGAAGAAUUGAAUUAACGAGUGUUUUGUACUUAUUAGUUACAGCAAACCCAAGAAGGAAGAGGAAGAAAGAGAGUAAACUAGUGAGAGAGAGGGGAGAGAGAAAGGCGGAGGAGACAUGUCCAAGUUCAUCCCAACAGCUCUGUAGCUUGCUUCUCCAUAGCGUAUCAGAUUCCAAAGUAGCUGUUUAAUUCUCUAUCGAUUCCUCUAGUUAUGUACGUGGGACAUACAAUAUCUAUUUUUCUAAAUUUAAAAUUCCAGACUUAAGUGUACUCCACAACUCAAGCGUUGGUCAAUCUCAAGAAAAAUUGUGAUUUGUGAGGGUCCAACUCAAAAGAUCCAUGAUUUCGUCAGAAUCUGGAGAAGAUGCAAUGUCCUCUGAGGGUGCUGAGGAUCAGAUGAAAACAGUAUUCUUGUUGAGUAAGCCGGAUUUCAUGCUCAAUCCUUCACAAGUUGGCGGCAGCCAUUCAAUGGCUAGUGUUCCGUACCCCUAUGCUGAUCCAUACUAUGGGGGGUUUUUGACUUCGUAUGGUCCACAGGCUCUUAUGGUGGGGUUGCAAUCUGCACGAGUUCCAUUGCCUUUGGAUCUUGCAGACAACGGACCCAUCUAUGUCAAUGCAAAGCAGUAUCACGGAAUUCUCAGGAGGAGGCAGUCACGGGCAAAACAAGAAGCUCAGAACAAACUCAUAAGAAACCGCAAGCCAUAUCUUCACGAGUCUCGGCAUCUGCAUGCCUUGAAUAGGGUAAGGGGAUCUGGUGGACGUUUUCUCAGCAAAAAACAGCUCCAACACCAGUCUUCUGAUUCUAACUCCUCCUCCUCCUCCUCGCCCAAGCUGCUGCAUCAGAAGAAAGACACAAUGAACUCAGGGUACGCUGAGUAUGUCACCUCGGUCACUACCCGCUCGGACACCACCUUGAGUGUUUCCGACAGCAGUGGCCGGCGGUUCUCUGGAGCCACGUCACACAUGGGCGGGACCAUGCAAUGCAGUGGGAGGCUGUUGCAUGGGGGAACCCAGCACUGUGCUUCGGUUGUUCGGUGAAACACAAGACCAUGCAUCGUCCAUGGUCGGGCAAAUCAUCCUUGGCUUUUGUUACUGUUAGGUUCUAUGUAUGUAUGCUGUUCAACUUUGGUUUCAAGCAAAAAAAAAAAAUACUGCUUUGCUUUGAAAACUAGACCAGAGCUACUGUGUACUGUAUCCUCGUGUUGUUUAUAAACCUGUCAUUAAAAAAAGGGCUUGUUGUACUGUUCGAAUGCCUGAAAUGGUGACUACUUUCUGUUUGUUAUGUUACUAUGAAUAUUAAAGUUUAAUAUGCAGUUUGUUUGGUUGGUUGUUGAGGUCA